AUGGAAACUGUUUCGAUUUACGAUUGUUCAAUAAGUCACGAAUUACAUCACAAACCAGAGAAUUUGUUUGAAAAGAAAGAGGUUGGAUGUUAUUCACAAGUUGCUUGUAAUUUUAUUGUUUUUGACAAGAGAAGUUUGAACCCCUUUAAACUGCCGUCAUAUGCGACGUUGCAGGCAAAAAAAUGGAAUGUAAAAAAAGGUUAUCGUUCAUUCACUUACAGAAUUUUCAAGAGAGCUGAAUCCAUGGUAAAAAAUCUUCUAUUGACGACAAUUAAAUAUGAAUCAGAUCACGGAUCAUCACCCAGCUUCCAACUUCCUCAAGUUUUAUGCCAUUCAGGAUUAUUCAAAGAUAUUUUGGCUGAUAAGGCUAAGUAUCAAGUUAUUCCGUUUGAUGGUCAAUUGAUAUUUGUUGGAACAAAUCGGAGGUACAAUCAGAAUCUUCUAAUUUCGUAUUCGGGUAUCCGAUUUGAGGAUCUUUUGGAGACCGGCGAUCCAACGAUACAAACAAAAAAUAAUUUUCAGCAUUUCAAAAGUUUAAGUCGAUGGAAAUUUCGAAGUCAAACGGGGGAUCAGCCUCUAGAGUGCUUGACUGUUACGGAAAUUGAUUCAUUAAAUCCUAAAGGUGAUCGAUUGAAUGAAGGAAAAAAGGAUCCAAGCAGGUACACAGAGAUCAAAAUGGCAUAUGCUUGUCCCACGUUUGAAUAUGGGAAUGACGUACUUGAUAUUUUAAGAAACGUAAAACGAAAUUUUGGUCACCGCUUGUUUCAAUGGGUGACGCAAUGCAAAUACGGUAUGAGUAAUUACCUUCUUAUUGGUUUGAGGAGUCCAGAUUAUAAUAUUUGGAAGGUGCAAUUAUAUGAUAUUGAUAGUGAUGUCAUUCCUUAUCUGAAAAAGUAUUUCAAGCAAGAUUAUAUUGAAUAUCAGUGCUCUUCGGAUACGCUUACUAAAGUUCUAAGAUGGGUUAAAGACAGUAUAGAGAAAUCAAUGAAGAAGUCACAUGAUCAUGAUUAUCACAAUGUAUUUGAAUUGGAUAUUGGUAACAAGCACUACAGGCUCAAGAAAUUGUUAGGGUUGAAAGCAGAAAAAGCCUACAAUACUGCUAUGAUAAAUGAAUUUUUGGAAUGGAGGAAGCAUAAAAAUAAUAUCUUAGCAUCAAGUAAGUAUAUAUUUCAUAAGGAAUGGCAAUCGAAGGCAAAAAAGCAAAGGAAAGAUUUGCAAUUACUUUCAGAUGAUUUUAACGAAAUGCACAUUUAA